AUGAGUGAUUCAACAUCCUCCCCGCGGUUGGAAACUUUGAAAUCAAACCAUACUUCGACAAACUCUCUAUUUUCGUUGAGUAAAAAAAGUUAUUCCAGUUUGUUAUUGAACAAUUCAAAUUACUACUACGAAAAUGAAGAAUUUGAUGAUGUUGAUGAUUCCUACAGUUCCAAAAACCGCGAUAUAUUCACUUAUCCAUAUAAUCAAUAUUCAAGUGGACUACUAACGCCAGCACCUUCUACUGAAAAAUUGGAUAAAUACGUUUUCAUCUUAAUAGGUUUACCAGCUUCCGGAAAGUCAAGCAUAUCUUCACAUUUGAUAAAAUAUUUCAAUAGUAAUGACAGUACAAAACAUUUAAGAUGUUCAAUCUAUAACGCAGGUCAAGUAAGGAGGAAUUUGUCUAACAACGGUUUGCCUAUGAAACUAGCAAAUGAUUCCUCAGAGGAUUUAUUUAAUCCAAAAAAUUCAAAUAAAAAGGAAAAGUUCGCCAAGAUAACUUUAAAUAACUUACUAAGAGAUGUUAAUAAUGACGCUUGUGAUAUAGCAAUUUUCGAUGCAACUAAUUCAACAAAAGCUAGAAGAAAGUUUUUAAUAUCUGAAUUUUCAUAUUACAACUCAAAUGUAAAUUCGAGUUUUCAUAUCAUACCAAUUUUUCUCCAAAUAUCAUGUAAUGAUAUCAAUUUUAUACGGUAUAAUGUUCACAACAAAUCCUUUAAUGACGAUUAUUAUGACAAGCCUUACAGAUAUUCGAUAUCAGAUUUUGCAAAAAGACUAAGAUAUUAUUGCAAACAAUCCACACCGUUCUCAGAAAUUGAAUUUGAAGAAAUCUCAAGUUAUUUAAAAGAAAAUAAUUUAGAAUAUGAAGUACUUUAUUAUAAAAUCUGUGAUGCUGGCUUAUCAAAUUCCAACCAAAAUUUUGUACUGUCAACGAGAAAUCAUUCUCCCUUUACUGAUAUGAUACUAUAUCUAAUAAACAGAUUUGUUGAAAACUAUUCAAAUCUUUAUGGACAUGAAUAUAUUACUAAAGUUAAACAAUUUUUUGUAAUCAGAGAAGAAUUUCAAAGAAAUUCAACUUCAGAUAUGAACUGCACAGAAAAUUCAAUGAACUGUCUAGAUACACUGACAGAGAUCGUCAAUGAAGAAUAUAUCAAUUCAUUGCAAGAAUCUCUAAUGGACAACACUUAA